AUGCAAAUCAAGACGGGACUUGCCACCGGUGCUCUACUAAGUGCCACUGCGCUCGCAGCCAACUCCACUUCCAGUGUGCCUUCUUCUUGUAGCGUCAAGUCUGGUGCCACUGUCACUGCUCAAGCUGACUUGGACAAGUACUCCGGAUGUCAGACUUUGGUUGGUGACUUGACCAUCAGCGGUGACUCGUUGACCGGGUCUGCUUCUUUGGCCAACGUCAAGGAAAUUCAAGGUACUCUGUCUGUUAACAACGCUACCGAGUUGGAGUCUUUCUCUGCUGACAACCUAGAGAAGAUCUCGGGAUCGUUGGAAAUGAAGCUGUUGACCAUUUUGGAAUCUGCCUCUUUCGGCUCUUUGUCAGAAGUGGACUCGAUUUUGUUCCAAACCUUGCCAGCCAUCAGUUCCAUCUCCAGUAACUUGAAGAGCGUCAACUCCAUCGAAAUCACCGACACCAGCUUGGAAUCUAUCGACGGUUUCAACAAGUUGGAAAGAGUUAACGAAUUCAACGUCAACAACAACAGAGGUCUUGCUCACAUCGACUCCGAAUUGAAGUCGGUCGCUCAAUCUUUGCAAGUCAGUUUCAACGGUAACGACGCCGAUGUUAAGUUCGACAGCCUGGAGUGGGCCAACAACAUCACUCUGCGUAACGUCAGUUCUGCGUCUUUCGCCGCCUUGGAGAAAGUGAACGCCUCUCUAGGUUUCAUUGACAACUCCUUCGACUCUCUUAACAUGAGCUCUUUGGGCUCUGUCGGUGGUACUUUGUCCCUUGUCGCCAACGAACAAUUGACCGACGCCGACUUCUCCAACUUGACCGAAAUCGGUGGUGCCUUGCUCAUCGCUAACAACACCAGACUGUCUAACAUCGAUGGUUUCGACAACGUGAAAACCGUUGGCUCUGCCUUGAACGUUGUUGGUAACUUCUCCGAGUUGAAGUUGAGCGCCUUGAAGUCCGUCAAGGGUGGUUGUGACGUUGAAACCAAGUCUUCCAACUACACUUGUGAUUCCUUGAAGAAACUGCAAAAGAGCGGUGGUAUUCAAGGUGAUGCCUUUGUUUGCAAGAACGGUGCUACUUCUACCUCCAUCAAGUUGUCGUCUACUUCUGGAUCUUCUACCGCAUCCGGUUCUUCUUCUGGUAGUGCUUCUGCCACCUCAUCUGGCUCUUCUGGAUCUUCUUCUGCUUCCAAAUCUUCCAACGGUGCUGUUGCUGGUCAAAUCGUUCCUGCUUCUUCUUUCAUGGGUGCUGUCGCUGCCGUCGCUGUUGCCUUGUUGUAA